AGGAUCCCAUUUUUAUGGACACACGGCCUGCCUCCGAGUACGCACAGUCAGGUUCGCACUUUCCAGCACUCCAGCAGCACCGACCUGAACAUUUUCCCUUCCUCGUUCGCCGCAGACCCCAGUUCUGCUGCUGCCAGUACUCCAUACCACCCCCUCACUCCGAGGCGCGUCCACAGCCUCACUAUCCUCAGUCCGAGGUGCGACCCGCCAAUAUUUCGUCCUCCAACACCCCCCAGUCCGAGUACGGGCUGAACCCACCGCCCACGCGCUCGCCCGCCUUCCCGGAAUAUCUCCCGCGCCCGCAGUCCUACGUUCCGAACUCCCAACCCGCGGGCCCCCCCGGUAUGGCGCAAGCAACAAGUCCGUACUCCUCCAUACCGCUUGAGCCUUCUCCUUCUGACGCGAUCCCUCCCUUCCGGCCAACAGCCCGACCUAUCCCCCCCCCUACUCCCCCUUACCAGCCAGGCCCGGGCCACGAGAUGCAGUACCAGGGCCACCCCCCGCCUCCUCACCAGAUGUACGCUCGUCCCGAAUGGCCUCACAGCUACGGCCAGCAUCAGCCGGGCAUGCCUCACUACCCCUCUCCCGCUACAACGGUUGGUUCUCCCUCCCCUGCCUCUCCCGCAGGCUCGCGUCCCGGUCAGGUAUACUCCUUCGUCCCCAUCCCUGGUGCACAACAGCACAAGCGCCCCCGUCGUCGAUACGAGGAGAUUGAGCGCAUGUACAAGUGUGGAUGGAAUGGAUGCGAAAAAGCCUACGGUACCUUGAACCACUUGAACGCACAUGAGAUUCGCAAGGAAUGGAAGGCCCGUAAGAAGGAGGAGGAGACCCAGCGCAAGGCCAUCGAGGAGCGUGAGCGUGCUGCUGCCCAGGCCGCUCAAGCCAACCAAGUUGAACCCCCUCCUGGACCCUCCGACCCUCAAGCCGGUCAACCCUCGGCGUACGGCGCAAGUCGCCCUCAGCUGCCUCCCAUCGGCUACCAGCCCGCAGACAGCCAGGUCUCAAGCCAGUACCCUCCCGGCGGUAUGGUCUACCAGAGCAACGGACAGAUGGGCUACCCUCCCAACUACCCCCACUCUCCAUACCAGAGCGGUCCCGUUUACCAGCAACGUGAGUAA